AUGGCAGAUAAUGCCCCAAUCGAUAUCAUUCGGUCUCACCAAGACGAUUUGGAUCGCGAGAGUGCACGACAAGAACAAAAACUUCGUCCCCACUCGGCAGCCCCCGAGGAUGAAAAAUAUGAGCGCGACGUUCCUCCCGACGGAGGAUAUGGAUGGGUCUGUGUCGCCUGUGUCUUCUGGAUCAACGCACAUACUUGGGGUAUCAAUAGUAGUUACGGAGUAUUCCUGAGUCAUUACCUCUCACACAAUGUAUUCCCCAACACAUCGGCAUUAUCAUACGCCUUUACAGGCGGACUAAGUAUCUCGUGUGCCCUGCUAGUAGCACCGCUAGCCACCCACUUCAUUCACAGAUGGGGCACUCGGUUUGUGCUUAACCUCGGCAUCUUCUUUGAGACCCUCUCUUUGAUCGGGUCAUCCUUUGCCACGCUCAAAUGGCAUAUCUUCCUUAGCCAGGGCGUCUGCUUUGGUUGGGGCAUGGGCUUCCUUUUCGUGGGCAGUGUUGGCAUCGCUCCACAAUGGUUCAACAAGCGCCGCAGUGUCGCUAUGGGCAUCACAGCGGCCGGUUCGGGUCUUGGAGGCUUGAUCUACUCUCUUGCCGUGGGUGCAAUCAUCCCACGCUACGGGUUGGGCUGGGCCUUCCGUAUCUUGGGUAUCAUCUCCUGCGUCGUGAACUUGGUGUGCUGCAAUCUCCUCCGAGACCGCAAUAAGGCUGUCGGCAGUAGAUUCACAGCCUUCCAUUUACCUCUUCUGCGUCGCCCGGAGUUCUUACUUUUCUUGGGAUGGGGAGUCUUCAGUAUGCUUGGCUAUGUGGCACUCCUGUUCAGUGUGGCCAAUUUUGCUUUGUCCGUGGGACUCUCCUCGCAUCAGGGAAGUAUCGUCUCUGCUCUGCUGAACUUGGGCCAGGGACUUGGUCGCCCGUGCGUGGGCAUGUUUAGUGACCGGCUGGGUCGCAUUAAUAUUGCCACGUUCCUCACCUUCCUCUGCGGGUUAUUCUGUCUUGUUAUCUGGACUUCUGCUGAUAGUAUGGGCGUGGUUUGUUUCUUUGCCGUCCUGGUCGGUACUGUCUCUGGCACCUACUGGGCUACUGUCUCCCCCGUACUUGUCGAGAUCAUUGGCAUUAGAGACCUUCCAUCCGGUCUGAGCAUUACGUGGCUCAUGCUCGUCUCCCCGUGUACCGUUUCUGAGGCCAUUGCCCUUCAGCUUCGCAGUGACACCGCGGGCGGUGGUACCUCAUACAUCCGCGUUCAGAUAUUCACUGGUUUCAUGUACAUUGGAGCCGCCUUGUGUCUGUGGGUUGUGCGCGGCUGGAAGGUUGGCGAGGUCGAACAUGCUCAACGCCAGGAUUCCAUUGUGCCUACGGAGGUCGACCCAGGUAUCGACCCCGACGCUCCUUCUGCUCGCCUCUUCUCCCUUUUCUCUUCUCUUCUUCUUCUCUUCUUCUUCUCUCUCCACCCUCUCUAA